CACCCCUGCUUUCUCUCGUACUCCCCUCUUCCCCCUUGAACGUCUCGUCUAGCAAACGAUCUCCUCUUCCCAAUUCUUUCUCAAUUCGUUUCCUUUUUCAUCCUUUUUGUUUCUUCUCUUCUCUUCUUAUUUCAAAGGUGAUCGCCUCGAUUGCCUUGGAUCUACGGAGAGCCUAGAGUUUUCUUCUUCCUCACACUUUUGAGUCUUUGCACAGCUCGUCCUCUCUUUAUCGACGUCCGGCUUCCAGUUGUCUUCAACUUUCCGCCCGACGCCUUUUUCUUUGCCCCUUCGCUUCUCUCGCCCAACCAACUCCUGGUGGCGCCUCCUUUUGUUCGAUCCAAUAUCUCUUACGACCGCUUCUCGAUCUACCACCUUUUAAUCGAACACCAUGGCUGCCGAGAAGGCUGUUGCCUCCGGCGCCAACCCUGGCGACGGUGCCCGCAAGCGCGCCGUCGGCCAGGCGCAAAAUGGCUCUGAUGUCCAGCCUGCCCAGCCUGCCCAGCCCGAGGACGAUAAGAAGCUUGCCAAGAAGCAAGAAUCUCCUUUCGAUCUCUUCGACAAGUUCGAGCCCAUCAUCGCGCCAAUCCUCUUCACUGCGCUUGCCUUCUUCACUCGAUUGUACAAGAUCGGCAUCAGCAAUAUCGUCACUUGGGACGAGGCUCACUUUGGCAAGUUCGGCAGCUACUACAUCAAGCACGAAUACUACUUCGACGUGCACCCCCCUCUCGGCAAAAUGCUAGUCGGCCUCUCUGGAGUCAUGGCUGGUUACAACGGCUCCUUUGAAUUCAAGUCCGGCGAGCAGUACCCUGAGGAGGUCAACUAUACCUUCAUGCGCGCCUUCAACGCCUUCUUCGGCAUCGUCUGCAUUCCCCUCGCCUACUACACCGCCAAGGAGCUUAAGCUCAAGAAGGCUGCUGUCUGGCUCGUCACCCUUAUGGUUCUCUGCGAAAACUCCUACACUACCAUUAGCCGUUUCAUCUUGCUCGACUCCAUGCUGCUUUGCGGAACAGUCGCUACCGUCUUCUGCUGGGCCAAGUUCCACAACCAGCGCCACAACAGCUUCGAGCCCGAGUGGUUCCUUUGGUUGUUCCUGACCGGUAUCAGCAUUGGCUGUGUCUGCAGUGUCAAGCUUGUCGGUCUCUUCGUUACUGCCCUCGUUGGUCUCUACACCAUUGAGGACCUCUGGGCCAAGUUUGGCAACGUCAAGAUGCCUGUUACUACUCUUGGUGCUCAUGUUCUCACCCGUGUCGUCGGUCUCAUCAUCGUUCCUUUCCUGAUCUACAUGCUCUCCUUCGCUCUCCACUUUGCGAUCCUCGACCGCACUGGCCCUGGUGAUGCUCAGAUGAGCUCCCUUUUCCAGGCUAACCUCAAGGGUACUGAAGUCGGCAAGGACAGCCCUCUCGAGAUUGCCAUCGGUUCCAAGGCUACCAUCAAGAACAUGGGAUACGGCGGUGGUCUUCUCCACUCACACGUCCAGACCUACCCCGAGGGCUCUCAGCAGCAGCAGAUUACUUGCUACCACCACAAGGACACCAACAACGACUGGUUCUUCUACCCCAACCGUAACGAAGCCGACUACGACCCCGAGUCUCCCGAUCUUCGCUUCAUUGGCGACGGCUCCACCAUCCGUCUUCUCCACGCCCAGACCGGCCGCAACCUGCACACCCACGACAUCGCCGCCCCCAUGACCAAGACCGACAAGGAAGUUUCUUGCUACGGCAAUGUUACCGUUGGCGAUGAGAAGGACCACUGGCAGGUUGAGGUUGUUCGCGACGCCGCUUCUCGUGACCGCAGCAAGAUCCGCACCUUGACCACCGCUUUCCGUCUCAAGAACCCCGUCCUUGGCUGCUACUUGAAAGCUACCAACAAGAACCUGCCUCAGUGGGGUUUCAAGCAGAUUGAAGUUUCUUGCACCAAGGAGAACAACCCCCGCGAUGCCUACACCCACUGGAACGUCGAGGCUCACUGGAACGAGAAGCUACCUCCCUCCGACCCUGGCGUGUACAAGUCCCCCUUCUUCCACGACUUCAUCCACCUCAACGUUGCCAUGAUGACCUCCAACAACGCUCUGGUUCCUGACCCCGACAAGCAGGAUGAUCUCGCCUCCAAGUGGUGGCAGUGGCCCUUCCUCCACGUCGGUCUCCGCAUGUGUGGCUGGGACGACAAGAUUGUCAAGUACUUCCUCCUCGGUAACCCCAUUGUCUACUGGGGUUCUACCGCUGCUCUCGGUGUUGUCGGCCUGGUUGUCGUCUGGUACAUCCUCCGCUGGCAGCGUGGCUUCAACGACCUGAACGAGAAGGAAGUUGACCAGAUUCACUACGCUGGUAUCUACCCCGUUAUUGGCUGGUUCCUGCACUACCUGCCUUUCGUCAUCAUGGCUCGUGUCACCUACGUUCACCACUACUACCCGGCUCUCUACUUUGCCAUCCUGGCCUUUGGAUUCCUUGUCGACUGGUUCCUCCGCAACCGCAACGCUUCUAUCCAGAGCGCCAUCUACGGCUUCCUGUACACUGUGAUUAUCGGCCUUUACAUCUGGUUCAUCCCCAUCUGCUGGGGUAUGACCGGCCCCAACAGGGAGUACAGCUACAUGAAGUGGUUUGACAACUGGAAGAUGACCGAUUAAACGGCUCUCCUACGAAGCAAUUGGAGAUCAGCUACACUUGUCGUUGCCCUCUGAUUACCUCGGAAAUCCCUGAUCUUUUUAACGCACCCGAUCAAAUGGAAAGAAAGAAUCUAGCCGAGCAAAUUUGUAAUUUGUGGAAUUAGUUUUUAUGAGCUGGGACAAGGGUGGGAUAUUGCGAAUGUAUAAUCAACAAAUAAAAGGGGUUCCCGUUAGACGCUGUUCCUAGACAGGGCAGCAAUUGGGAAGAGUUGCUUAGUUGUAAUGCAAAUAUGAAUUUUCUUUGGAAAUGCUACAUGAAUACUUUUGGGUAGAGUGAAUGACCAAGCAAAGCUCGUGUGUGUAAUGGUGCAUUAUUAGCGUGCCAUGGUAUUAAAGUAUUAUACAAAAAAAGGAGGUAGUGCUGAGCAGAGCUUUGACUAUGGCCAAAAGUUCUUUUACCAGCAGCUGAUACAUGGGUUGGCGAGGAACACGGGGUGGGUGCAGUUCGUAAGUUCAUUAUACAGAGCCGUUCCGUCGAGGGCAUCGAGGUAUUAAAUAGGGUAUCUCUUUAGCAGCAUCCGCCGGUGAUAGCCUUGGAUGCUUCAGCAGCUAACCGGACCUGACGAUUGCCACCGGCGCUAGGACCUUUGACGCCAGACCGUCUGUCGUUGAGAUCGUACUUGCCGGCCUGAAUAUUCUGGUAUAUUCUAUCGGCGACACGCAUAAAGGCCAUUUCGACGUUUUCGCCGCUCUUGGCGCUAGUCUCGACGUACUCCAUGACUCCGUUGCGCUUCGCCCACUCCUCUGCUUCCUGCCUUGUCACCUCGCGCUUGUUAUUUGCCUGCUGGGUCAAGUCGGCCUUGUUGCCCACGAGGAUGACGACAAUGUCCGGCUCCGCGAUCUGGCGCAGGUCGUUGAGCCAAUCGGUAACAUGCUCAAAGGUCUGUUUGCGAGAGAGAUCGAAUACGAGCAGCGCUCCGCUAGCGCCGCGGAAGUACGAUCUUGUCACCGACUUGUAGGUUUCUUGGCCCGCCGUGUCCCAGAGGCUGAGCUUCAUGUGCUUCUGCGGCGUUUUGCUCGUAUCGCGGGGCGGUUCCGGCAAGCCCUGCGACAGCGUAUCGGAGUCUGCGUCAUCGGUUGUCGUUAUUGAUUUCGGAGCAGGAGCCGGUUUCGAAUGGGGAGGGCCGACGGGGACGAUGCGGGAACCGAAUUCGACUCCAAUGGUGACGUCGUGAUGGGGAGAGAAGCGCCCCUCGCACAGGCGGAUGGUGAGACUGGACUUGCCGCAGCCCGAGUCGCCUAUGCAUACAAGUUUGGCGAUGAAAUCCCACGGCGUCGAAGACAUGGCUGGAUGGGCUGUGAAUUGGAUGGGGUGGCGGCGGUUGGGAGAGAUGGAUGGUGAAGAUUGAAGGAAGCUCUCUGCACGUGCGAGCUUGGGGGUGUAGCUACUAGCCUGGGGUAGCUAGACAGGCGGGGAGCGUAAAGGGAGACGGGCGUGAGAUUGGGCGGUAGGGAAUCGGUGUAGGUCGGAGGAGCAGGUGGCUGGUGUUUUUAGCUUCUGUCGAGGAUGGAUGAAUGGGAUGGCAGACGGAUGUCCGGUUGAGAUGCGGCUAGCGAGUUGUUGGGAGAAAAUGGGAUACCGGAGGUGGAAGCUGCCGCUAGCCGAAGCUGCC